CCCGAAAAUAGUAUAGUGUGCCCUACGUCGUUGUAUGGCGACGCCGAUGGAGUGCCAUGCCCCACAUGUGCUGGAUCGCCGGUCACUUGCUACUCAACUACUUCAUUCAAUCCACUCAUCUGCCUUCCUCCCUCUCCCCUCCUUUCGAUUCUCUGCAUCCUUGAAUCCCUCACACAUUUAUACUCUCGGUGUUCCGCAAUAUUUUCCCUCGAUAUACGACGAUAAGACCCGACUUGCACCAUGGGGAUGAAGCUUCGAAUCCGCGGCCCGGAGGGGCAGUCCACGGUCCUUCUCGACGACUCGGCAACCGUGGGUGACCUCCGGAAUCAAGUUGUGAACGCAACCGGGUUAACUACCUACGAGGUAAAAUACGGUUAUCCCGACCUCAAACCUCUCGCGCUGGAUGGGCUCGAGCUUGGUUCGAGCCUACAAGAACAUGCGAUCAACCUCCACGGCGAACAACUGAUAGUCACCAGGAAGGGGGACGACACGCUUCAGGAUUCGGGCAGCAGUGGCGGACCCCCCAUUUCGGUUCCCUCGCAAUCUCUUGCUCCUACAGGGCCGCCAUCCCCUGCGCACAAGCCACAGAACACCUCGGACGACGCGCCCGAGAUCGCGUCCUCCGAGCAUGCGGGCACUUUCAUUCUGCGCAUCAUGCCCGAUGAUAACUCAUGUCUCUUUCGCGCCGUGGGCACUGCUCUCAUGGGAGGCAUGGAUGCCAUGAACGAACUUCGAUCUGUCGUUGCUCAAACUAUCCAAGAGAGACCGGAUCUGUAUUCGGAAGCGGUGCUAGACAAGCGGCCGGACGACUAUUGUCGUUGGAUCCAGAACGAAGAUUCAUGGGGGGGAGGGAUUGAGCUCAGCAUCCUGAGCAAACAUUUUGAUAUAGAGAUAUGCUCGAUCGAUGUGCAAACGCUUCGAGUUGACCGUUUCAACGAGGGCCCGCCCACACGAUGUAUCUUAGUCUAUUCCGGGAUCCACUAUGAUACCAUAGCGCUAUCACCCUCCGCUCCCCCAUUCGCUCAUACAGAUGCCCCCCCUGAAUUCGACACCAAAGUCUUUGACUCGGCCGAUGGCCUGGUACUAGAAAAGGCGCUGGCUCUUUGUAAGAUUCUGCAGGGCAGGCAUUACUACACCGAUACUGCAGGGUUUCGUAUUCGUUGCAAUACCUGCGGAGGGAUAUUUACGGGGGAGAAAGGCGCUACUCAGCACGCUGCCCAAACUGGCCAUUACGAUUUUGGAGAGGCUAGUUAGAGCUCGCUGUAGGCUCAAACGAGGAAUGACUCCGAUUCUGUCUUGGGCAGUAUAGUAUAGAAUGUGAUUAUCGACCGCGCGCGACCAGCAGCGCAUAUAUGUGUUCAUCCACCCCCCCUUAACAGCAUCAUCACGGCCCUUUGAUGGGAAUACAUAAUCUCAU